ACCUCUCUUUGCAUGCAACAAAUCACUCAAAUAAUUAUUUUAUAAAGAACAAAAAAAAAAAAAGACGGCAGAGAAACAAUGGAACGUGGAGCUCCCUUCUCUCACUAUCAGCUACCAAAAUCCAUCUCUGAAUUGAACUUGGACCAGCACAGCAACAACCCAACCCCAAUGACCAGCUCAGUCGUAGUAGCCGGCGCCGGUGACAAGAACAAUGGUAUCGUGGUCCAGCAGCAACCACCAUGUGUGGCUCGUGAGCAAGACCAAUACAUGCCAAUCGCAAACGUCAUAAGAAUCAUGCGUAAAACCUUACCGUCUCACGCCAAAAUCUCUGACGACGCCAAAGAAACGAUUCAAGAAUGUGUCUCCGAGUACAUCAGCUUCGUGACCGGUGAAGCCAACGAGCGUUGCCAACGUGAGCAACGUAAGACCAUAACUGCUGAAGAUAUCCUUUGGGCUAUGAGCAAGCUUGGGUUCGAUAACUACGUGGACCCCCUCACCGUGUUCAUUAACCGGUACCGUGAGAUAGAGACCGAUCGUGGUUCUGCACUUAGAGGUGAGCCACCGUCGUUGAGACAAACCUAUGGAGGAAAUGGUAUUGGGUUUCACGGCCCAUCUCAUGGCCUACCUCCUCCGGGUCCUUAUGGUUAUGGUAUGUUGGACCAAUCCAUGGUUAUGGGAGGUGGUCGGUACUACCAAAACGGGUCGUCGGGUCAAGAUGAAUCCAGUGUUGGUGGUGGCUCUUCGUCUUCCAUUAACGGAAUGCCGGCUUUUGACCAUUAUGGUCAGUAUAAGUGAAGAUGGAAUUAUUCUUCAUUUUUAUAUCUGUUCAAAACAUGUGUUUGGAUAGAUAUUUUAUUUUUAUGUCUUAUCAAUAACAUUUCUAUAUAAUGUUGCUUCUUUAAGGAAAAGUGUUGUAUUUCAAUACUUUAUGAGAAACUGAUUUAUAUAUGCAAAUGAUUUAACCCAAA